GUAAACAAUAUUGCAACUUCCUUUUUAAUUUCAACGCGUGUUGAAAAGGUUUCAUGAAAUAAGGUCCAGAUUUUAUCCAAGAAAUUCGUCUUUAUUGACGACUUUUCAAAAUGCCACAAAACGAACAUAUAGAGCUUCACAGGAAGCGACAUGGUUACAGACUUGAUUACCAUGAAAGAAAACGAAAGAAGGAAGGCCGUAUGGGCCACAAAAUGGCAGAGAAGGCCAGAAAACUUAGAGGCAUCAAAGCUAAAUUACACAAUAAAAAGAGACAUUCAGAGAAAGUUCAAAUGAAGAAAACGUUGAAGAUGCAUGAAGAAAGACAAACUAAACAGAAGACAGAUGAUAAUGUACCGGAAGGUGCUGUACCAGCCUAUUUAUUAGACAGAGAGGGACAAUCUCGUGCUAAAGUUCUCUCUAAUAUGAUUAAACAAAAACGUAAAGAAAAAGCAGGAAAAUGGGAUGUGCCUUUACCAAAAGUGAAAGGAAUGAGUGAAGCAGAAGUGUUUAAAGUUAUUAAAACUGGUAAAACAAGAAGAAAGGGAUGGAAACGUAUGGUCACUAAAGUCACAUUUGUUGGUGAAAAUUUCACAAGAAAACCUCCAAAGUUUGAACGAUUUAUUCGACCCAUGGGAUUAAGAUUUAAGAAAGCACAUGUUACACAUCCUGAAUUAAAAGCUACAUUUUGUUUACCUAUUAUUGGUGUUAAGAAAAAUCCUAGUUCCACCAUGUAUACAGCUUUAGGUGUAAUAACAAAGGGUACAGUUAUAGAGGUUAAUAUCAGUGAACUGGGUUUAGUCACACAAGGAGGAAAAGUUAUUUGGGGUAAAUAUGCACAAGUAACCAAUAAUCCUGAAAAUGAUGGAUGUAUCAAUGCAGUGCUUUUAGUUUAAACUGUAUAUUUCUUUUUAACAAAAACAUACCUCAAAAACCUCUAAAAAAAUAGAAAAACUUCAAAAUUAUAAAAAAAAUGAAACGGAAAGUGGAAAUCAAGUGUUGGACCGAGCUUAAAAUCUGGAUCUAUUUAAAUGUGAUAAUUUAAUGAUAUCGCUGUAUGUGAACUGGUUCACAUGUAUUCUCAUCAUUAAAGACAUCAUAACUUCA